AUGUUCGGAAUUCGGAUGCCACAUUUAUCGAAGAAAUGGAAGAAUCCACGAGUGUUCAUCGGUCUGGUUAUCCUGGAGUUGGCAGGAACGGUAGCAGCGUUGGCCUUGUUUGGAAUCGCUUCACCGAAUUUAUAUCGCACGAAACUGUGGCAAGCGGGAUCAGAUCACGGCUUCAACUCGAGUCCAAAGCAGAUACUAUACGCAUACGCAAACCAUAGACCAAUACCGACAACGCCAUUUGUUUGGUCGCAAGCUCUGACCGAUUACAAUGUCGCCAUUUCCGUCCUCUCUAUGUUCAUCAUGAUCGUCAAGGUUGUUAUGUUCUCUCUGCACAUAUGGUUCCCGUUCUUGUCCGUCAUUAUCAAUGCGGUUCUUACGGGAUUGUAUGCUGCGAGCUUGUACGGCCAGGCUGGGCCAGACAAUACCGAUCCAAAGCACCCAUCUAGCAGUGCCUGGUAUAUCACCCAGAGCUGUGACUUUGCGAGCAAGGUUGGAGCUCGUGGCUAUUGUCUGCAGGCCAAAGGUGCAUUCGCAGUUACCGUGAUCAUGACGGCUCUAUUCCUCGCCAACAUGAUCUUGUCAAUCUGGUGCUUGAUCCCCACUUCUGCCCAACGAGCAGCCGAUGGAAUUGAUAUCGACGACAUGCAAAUGAAAGGAGGCAACAAUUCUGACAACAACUCCGAUUCUAAAUUCGAAAUGAACGUCAGGACGAAUGCUGUACCAUUCACCCCACGAACUCUGGCAUUCAACACCCUGGAUCGUCAACUUCCACUACGCUCUCAACAAAUCGAAGCCGAGAAGAAGAAGGGAGGCAAAGCACCACGCUUUGCAUAG